GAUGGUGCGGCGGAGCGCGCGGACGAGGGCGGCGCGGCGGCGGGCAUGAAGGAGGAUGGAAGGGCAGGACGAAGUGUCGGCGCGGGAGCAGCACUUCCACAGCCAAGUGCGGGAGUCCACGAUAUGUUUCCUUCUUUUUGCUGUUCUCUACAUUGUUUCCUACUUCAUCAUCCUUAGAUACAAGAGAAAAUCAGAUGAACAAGAAGAUGAAGAUGCCAUAGUCAACAGGAUUUCGUUGUUUUUGAGCACGUUCACUUUAGCAGUUUCAGCUGGAGCUGUUUUGCUUUUACCCUUCUCAAUAAUCAGCAAUGAAAUCCUGCUUUCUUUUCCUCAGAACUACUACAUUCAGUGGCUAAACGGCUCCCUGAUUCAUGGUCUGUGGAAUCUUGCUUCUCUUUUUUCCAACCUUUGUUUAUUUGUGUUGAUGCCCUUUGCCUUUUUCUUUCUGGAAUCAGAAGGUUUUGCUGGUUUGAAAAAGGGAAUCCGAGCCCGCAUUUUAGAAACUCUGGUCAUGCUGGUUCUUCUUGCAUUAUUGAUUCUUGGGAUAGUGUGGGUAGCCUCAGCGCUCAUUGACAAUGAUGCUGCCAGUAUGGAAUCCUUAUAUGAUCUCUGGGAGUUCUAUCUACCCUAUUUAUAUUCCUGUAUAUCAUUGAUGGGAUGUUUGUUACUUCUCUUGUGUACACCAGUUGGCCUUUCCCGUAUGUUCACAGUGAUGGGUCAGUUGCUGGUGAAGCCAACAAUUCUUGAAGACCUGGAUGAACAAAUUUAUAUUAUUACCUUAGAGGAAGAAUCACUCCAGAGACGUCUAAAUGGGCUGUCUUCAUCAGUGGAAUACAACAUAAUGGAAUUGGAACAAGAGCUUGAAAAUGUAAAGACUCUUAAGACAAAAUUAGAGAGGAGAAAAAAGGCUUCAGCAUGGGAAAGAAAUUUGGUAUAUCCUGCUGUUAUGGUUCUCCUUCUUAUUGAGACAUCCAUCUCCGUCCUCUUGGUGGCUUGCAAUAUUCUUUGUCUACUGGUUGAUGAAACAGCAAUGCCAAAGGGAACAAGGGGCCCUGGAAUAGGAAAUGCCUCUCUUUCUACUUUUGGUUUUGUGGGAGCUGCACUUGAAAUCAUUUUGAUUUUCUAUCUGAUGGUGUCCUCUGUUGUUGGUUUCUAUAGUCUUCGAUUUUUUGGAAACUUUACUCCCAAGAAGGAUGAUACAACUAUGACAAAGAUCAUUGGGAAUUGUGUGUCAAUCUUGGUCUUGAGCUCUGCUCUGCCUGUGAUGUCAAGAACACUGGGAAUCACUAGAUUUGAUCUACUUGGAGACUUUGGAAGGUUUAAUUGGCUGGGAAAUUUCUAUAUUGUAUUAUCCUACAAUUUGCUUUUUGCUAUUGUGACAACAUUGUGUCUGGUCAGAAAAUUCACCUCUGCCGUACGAGAAGAACUUUUCAAGGCCCUAGGGCUUCACAAACUUCACUUAUCAAAUACUUCAAGGGAUUCAGAAACAACCAAGCCUUCUGUAAAUGGGCAUCAGAAAGCACUGUGAGACACACAGCUGGUACAUUCUGCAAUCAAGAGACCCGAGAACUCCAAACUCAUGACAUUCCUGUCAGACGUAGAAGCGUUUUCAGACUGACCUUGGCUCAUGUUUAGGACCUAGGCCUAUCGGUGUUAAUUUUUUUCCAUAAUCUACUAAGAACUUGGCUAGUGCUGAUCUUGUUUUAUAAAAUUUAACUUUCUGUUCAAUCCUGUAGUUUCCAGUUUAAUGCAGAUUCCUUAGAGAUGUAUAGAACAGCACAUUCUUUGUAGACACAUUCAGUCACAUCAGUAAAUAGAACCAUCCAUAUGAAAAUUUUUUCAACUGAUAUGAAAAUGUUAGAAAAGGCAAACUUUAGGACUUUCUAAAGAUUCACUUAAAUCCCAUUAUAUAUUUUAUUCCGAAUGUAGAAGCCUACCUGAAAGGCAUCCUUGGUACUAUGUGAAGGUUUUCUAGAAAAUGCAGUUUUCAAAUGCAGUAGAAACCGCUUGUAGACAUUAUUAUUGCAGUGGGUGCAUUGAAACUUAAUGGUUGCAAAUUAUAUUUUUUAUUUUUUUUUAAAAAAACCAAAAGCAUAGUUUCUGAUUUAUGUUAUAGAAUGAUAUUGAUUAGACUUUGAGCCCAGGGAAAUGCACUAAAUUCUUUUAAACCUUGAGCCUUGGUAGAAAACCACAGGAAUAUCUUCUAUUGUACAGUAUAAUAAGCUAUGGUAGGAAGUAUUAUGUAAUCAUAGUUUAAGGACAGUUUAUGUAUAUAGAAUUCCAUAUUACCUCUCAUAACAUGGUUGCCAGUGUUGAAUACACUUGUAACUUAGAUUUUGCCUUAUAGGCUAUAUGUAUGCUCAGUUUUUCUAAAGCAUUUUUUUCAAAGAUCACUUAAUUCUCUGUGCUUCUGUGAUGCUUAUGAAAAAUAUUAGUGGUGAGAGGUAGAAAACUCUUCCUCCCUCAUAUUCUUUAGGUUUUGGUUACUUUUGUAUAUGCCAUUUCAACCCUCUGACUUAUAAAAGUUACCAGUUUAACCCUCAGAACUCACAGCAUCAUCAUUCAUGAUGGAAGAAUAGUUUUGCAGUGUAACAUGAUCUGAUAAUCAUUCAGUUGUUAAAUUGUAAAUAAUUGUUGGGAUGGUUUCUUGGCUUUAAGUCCACUGAAUAAAAACUAUGAACAUCCACUCUGUGUUACCACCCACUAGGGUAGAAUACUGAAAAUUGUGUGUGCAGAGAUGUAAGAUGGGCCCAUUUGCACAUAAUUCAUAUGCGUAAAUGUGCAUGUUCACAUGCACUGUGUGUAGGCAAUAGAUCGUCUGUGCUCAGACAGAAGUAGACAACAUUCUCUCAAAUUGUUGAAUUUAAAGUUUUUUUUGAGAAAUUUAUGAAAAACAGACUAUCUAUUUGACGUAAAAAAUUUUCACUUAGAAUCAAAAUAAUAAGAAAAUUUGACCUGUAUAUUUAUAAAUUUCACUGAGUAUACUUUGUCUUUAUUUAUACCUCUGCAUUUCCUUGUGAGCUUUACAUCUUUUAAAAAUGCGGCUUGGUUUUAAAGAACAUUCAUUUUGGGAUUCUAUGCAACACUCAGUGAACAGUGACUACCAGUCUAGUAUCAAUGAAUUUCUAAACAUAGAAUCUCCAUAUCUAGAAAAUCAAUAUGUCAGCUGCUUUCUAUUAAUAAUUUCACUAUUAAUUAUACUUAUGUAAGCAUCAAUUGCAAGUUUUUAUUUUUAGUGAAACUUGGAAUCUGUACUUUCAGCAGACCAAGUCCAGGGAGAACAGAAAUAAAGCAUAUUAAUACCACUUUUAACUUACACCAUUUUCAGGGCACAUCCAAAGAAAGAGUUUCUAGGUAUUUGUAAAACAUCUGAAAGUUUUUUAGCAAAAUAUUAAACUUUCCAGUGUCUCUCAACUUUUUGUUCAUUUGAAAGUUUCUUUCCCUCUGAGGACUUGAGCUGGGUUUGGAUCAGUAAGCUUUGUAAAGUGAAUUAUAAAGUUUUAAAACCUUUGCUGGAUGGUCCUUCAUUGCUGUUGAAACAGAAGGUGAGCAUUCUGUGGAAGGACAGUUGCCCACCCCGGGCCUCGGGUGCCUUCAUAACAAACGCAGGUUGUUCCGUACUCGGUCUGCUGCACGACCACCCGCAGGUUCUACUCCUGACCCCAAGCGCAGGGAUCUUCCUCCUGAGUGAGAGAUUUGCUCCACAUGCAGGUGCUUCUGUUUGACGUAUGCUGGAGGCUGCUUUGUAGACACAAAUCACAGAAAUGGGUGGUCGAAUACUGAGGCCAAACAUUCUGAGUACUGGUAAGGACAGUCACGCUGAGGGAUCUUCAUUUUACUGCAGCUGUCGUGUGCUAGUGAAAGGCAGACAGACCUGGGAGACAGCUCCAAAUGCUCACAGUCAGCUAAAUUCUGGAGCUGCCAUUUCAUUUCUGAUGGAUGGCGGUGCACCAGUGACUGCCUUAAAUCAAGCAGUCCUUUUAUUCUCUCUCACCUUGAGUCUAUUUUAAAAGGGCAUUGAGCACUAUAGUUACCGAGGUUCUUGAGGACACUGAGUAGAUUGUUGUUAAUUGGUUCUACAAUAUUUAAAUUAUUUCAUAACUCAAAAUUUUUCAGAUUAUGACAUUUGUAUUCAUUUUUACCGAUUUUCCAAGAUGUUUCUUAGAUUUACUAUUUACAUAGCUUUAUGAUACAUUCUGUGUAAAAAUCGACCUCUAAAUAUGAGAUGUUACAUGAAAAUUGAACACACAUAUGCUAAUGUUAGCUCCUUAAAUCGCUACACUGAGGUGCUGGUUAGUAGGUAAUGACGCCUUCCACACUGGUUUGCCGCUCAGAUGCAUACAGGUGUUCAUGCACCUGCUCUCAGCAGCACAGCCUCUGCCUCACUUUGCUGGUGCCAUUAGGCUGUCCCUGCAGCUUCAGGAAUGAAUCAAUCUGCCAGCGACACAGGUUUCCAUUGUUUGUAAGCCCUUAUGUGCUUGCCUUAUUGUUAGCACAGUAUGUAAUGCAUAAAGGCAGAAUUACUAUGUUUUUCUCUUAAAUGUGAACAUAAAUGCAUAACUGACAUUUUAAACUUUAGAAAACUGGUAUAAUGCUACUUUUAAAAAUAACGUUUGGACACACUGGUAAAUUAUUUUUGUUUACAGAUUGUUUUGUUUACAUAUUGUCUGUUGGUCUCGUUUGUUUCUAUGAGAUACUUUUAGUGUGACUUUUAAAAUGUCUCAGAUAUUAAAGUUUUAUGAAAAGUGA